AUGUCGACAUUGGACGAAAUCAAUCGAAUUGUACCGGAUUAUGUGACUCGUUAUGGUGCGAAACUACUGCCCCAGGUGACACUGCGACCAAUGUAUGCUCGAGAAAUUGCUUACCUAUUACAACACAGCACCACUUGCCACACUACGCCUAUGGCGCAGACGAAACCUAUAGCGGGACUGCCCCAGCUCGACCUAGACAAUCUAGCCUUGUUGAAUGAGGGGUUUGACGGACUUACAGUCGCGCUGACCGCCAACGACGAUAUCACAGCUCUGCCUGCGUGGAUUUUUGGAGAGACGCCGGACGAGUUAGGCAGGCUACAUAAUUCGACUUCAUGUGUUGUCAUCCUAGUUGAAUCCGCGGAGGGCUCGAGUGAUGUUGAUGUAUUCUACUUCUACUUCUAUUCCUACAAUCGAGGUGCCAACAUCACUCAGGUGUUGCCGCCUAUCAAGUCUCUGAUAGAGGAUGAUAUUGAAGACGGGAUGCACUUCGGGGACCAUGUUGGAGACUGGGAACACAAUAUGGUCCGCUUCCACGAAGGACAGCCUACUGGGAUCUAUUAUAGCCAGCAUUCUGACGGCUCUGCUUAUGACUGGAAUGAUAUAGCUAUCUCAAAGGAUAAUGACCGGCCCCUGGUAUACAGCGCCUAUGGCUCCCAUGCGAGCUAUGUAUCUCCCGGAGGCCAUGUUCACGAUGCGGUAUUGCGGGACUACUGCAACGCAGGCCAACUAUGGGAUCCUCUUUCCUCAGCAUACUUUUACCGGUUCGACCGUGUUACUUCUCAGUUAACUCGUAUGUUCCCAUCUGAAUCAUUGGAUGGAUCUAAUCUCACUUCAUUUCUCUACUUUUCUGGGCUUUGGGGGGACUUUCAGUACCCGGAUGAUGAUCCUCGCCAAAGGACCGUUCCGUAUUUUGGUCUAAAACGCUAUGUCUCAGGCCCAACAGGACCAAUAACAAAGAAGCUCGUGAGGGCGAGACUGUUUCCUGAUCAUCGGGAGAAAAAGUCGUGGCUGCAAUGGGGCAUCGGUAUCUUUAUGUCGCUGUAUCCCUGCUGCCUCCGUGGAUGGAGAGCUUGGUUAUCGGGCACAAUACUCAUCAUGGCUUUGAUUGCGAGUGUACUUGGCAUUCGGUACACCGUGAAGCGGUAUCGGUCGAGGACAGAGGGAUAUAAAAAGAUCGAUGAUGGCGAGGACAUACCGCUUAACAAUAUGGACUACAGACAAAACUCUGCGGGGCAAGAUGCCGAAACUGAGCGAGGAUAA